AUAUAUCAAUUUCAAAACUAUUGCACAAUUCAAGAGUAAUACAUAUUGCUUAACAAUUUGUUCAAUUUAUUAAUUUGUUAAUUUGUUGAAGAAAAGAUGCUUUUAUCAAUCGCUCAUAUAAUAAGAUCGAAAAAAAUAAUACUUGCCAGUGGAUCGCCACGCCGAAAAGAAAUUCUCUCAAAUGCAGGUUUAAAGGUUGAUAUCAUUCCGUCAAAGUUCGAAGAAAAUCUCGACAAGACAACCUAUAAAGACACGUUUGAAUAUGCUAUUGAUACAUCAUAUCAUAAAGGCUUAGAAGUUGUUGAUCGCAUGAUUAAUGAAGGAAAAGAAUUUGAUUUGGUUAUUGCCGCUGAUACAAUAGUGACCAUGAAUGAUAAAAUUUUUGAAAAACCACGUUCAAUGGAAGAUGCGGUUGAGAUGCUAAAAGGAUUCCGGGGGCUAAGUCAUGUUGUAUAUACUGGUGUCACAUUAAUAUUUAACGAAGGAGGAAAAAGAAACAUUGAACGUUUUCAUUGUGGAACACAAGUAAAAUUUUCGAACGUUGACCUAAAAACUAUUGAAGCAUACGUUUCAACUGGAGAAUCUAUGGAUAAAGCUGGUGGAUAUGGUAUUCAAGCCCUUGGAGGAUCCCUUGUUGAAGAAAUUAAGGGAGAUUAUUUUAACGUUAUGGGACUACCAUUGAAUUCUUUAUUCAAAAGAAUUUAUGAUCAUUAUCAGGCGAAUAGUGAUUAA